AUGGCGCACGCUGCCAAGAGCUCCGCAUUCAUCUCCCGCUUCGAAUCCACAUUGGAACACCUUGCUGCGUCCUUUGAACGCCGUUGUGUCGCUCAGAUGCCAGAGACUAUCCUGGAGUCAAUGCGGUCAAAUAGCUACAAGAUGAAUUUGUGUUCACGGGACAUGUGUGAUGAAGACCGGAAGCUUGUAUUAGCAAUGAUGAAUCACGAUUGGAGCUUGCCGCUUGAGCAGGGGCACCUCAUUCACUGGUGCCCGCCAGGGUGCUGCCCUUCCCUUGAAACCUCAAGAUCCAAAAUGCGGUCAGCUUUGGAUGCAACAGCAAGGUCUUUGUUUGAGGUUCCUCUGCUAUAUAGAUGGAAGCACUGGGACAGUGCCGCAGAGUACACACUUCGCAACCUGAUGAUUCACGGUUUGUUGUGUUACAUUUGGGAGCGCUGUGUGCAGAACACCGAUCAAGAAACUGCUUACCAAGAUCAGGAGGACAAUAUGCCAGAUGAAGAUAGCCCAGAUGUGGCUCCUGCUGUGAAGCAGCGGAUCCGAAUGAACAAGGUCCUCAGGAUGCUGACGCACCCACAUAUGGUCGCUCAAUUGGCACAAGUGCUGGUGCUGGCUCGACCACUCAGCACUUUUAUGGACCGGGCAUCUCUGAUGGAAACCAUCCGAUUUCGUUUACGACAUCGCAGAUCUGGGUUGGCUUUGGAGCAGAGCCACUGCCAGCAAUCGGCUGAUGAAUUUGCAGAAAUGAACUUGCAAAUGGUUUCUGGUGAGGCUGGCUGGGACGCAAUAUGUGAGUUUAUGCGGCUCUUGGUAACUGUGGAGACGGAGGAGCUGCACCGGGUGUUGAACAUUUCAAUGGAGGAUUCAAUGAAGCUGAUCAUUCCGGCCAUGUGUGAUUCCUGGCGCCGUCUGGUUCUGCCUUACCAAGGUCUACCGUUUCAGGUCUUGAAAAUUAUCCGCAUGGAUCCAAACACUGGCUUAUCGUUCAUGAAGACGCUCCGUGAGCAAGCGUGUGGCUGCAGCUUCUGUGAGGAUCGCUUUUUCUCACAAGUUUUGAUGGACUUUGUUUUCCCGGAGAACUCUGGUGAAGAGCAGCAAGUUGCACGUUUUUGUUCUGUACAACUUCUGAUUCGGGACGUUCUGUGUGAGCUUCCAGCAUCAUCCGUGGAGGUGGAGAAGGCUCACGCUAACGUCCAGAUCGAUACUACAUCGAAGAUGUACCGGGCAAAGCGGCCUGCUACUUUACAACAAGACUCAUAUAUUCUUUCUGCGUUUCUCGAGCACGAGCGCAAAAAACACACAGUUGAGGAAGCGGUGCUAGGGUCUGCCAAGAAGAAGGUCUUGAGGAUUCUGGCGUCCCGUGUAGUUGAUACUGGUGCUCCCCCUCUGAGAAAGCUUUGCAGAUCUACGAAGUCCAAGAAAUUGGGGCUUCUUCCGACAAUUAUGCGAUUGAGCAUCAAGGUUGGAAGCGCCGAGUUUUCCAACCACAACCGGUCUGUAGCCGAGACGUGGAAAUUGAUGCCAACAGAUGAGAGAGAGCUCUGGGCCAAGAAGGCCAUGGGUCUGAGCAAGGCAAGAAGGAGGCUCAGGCAGUGUCCCUUGAACCAGGAGCCAUCAGACGACUGCAAGAAUUCUUUGUCAGAAGCGCAGCGCCACAGGUUAAACCAGGAGCGAUUGGAUGCCACCUUGGCUCAAGUGGCGACGCAUCCCGCAUGGGAUGCUGGUCUGAGGUUGUCAGAUCAUAUCUCUGCCCUCCGAGCUUCUCUUGUUUGUUGCUUGCCAGAGGAGACUGUCAAUCAGCAGUGGCAGAGCCAUUUCGCUUAUGAUUCCAACAUUCAACCAAACUCAGACUCGUCUUUCACCUUCCACAAGUCUUGCCUAUGCCAACAUGGUGCAAUUUGUCGACAGGAACCACAUUUUGCUCAUGCCGCACAGCUGGUUGACCAGUUUGACUCAGUCCUUCAAGAAGAGAAACUCGAGUCAAGUCCAGUCUUGAUUCACUUUGUCUAUCAAGUGCGACGAUGGAUUCCGGCUCUUGGGGACAGGACAUGUCCAAGUCCAUCCGAAUGGAUGCUUCUAGGUUGUGUGGGCAAAAGACCAAAGGCCCAAAUAGUGAUGAAGGUUUAUCCAACCUCAGAGACUUCAGUUGCCUUUGUCGUGAACAAUGGUCUGCCGACCAUUUUGACUUCACACCAGAUGUUUGCACGGAUGCUGAAAAUGCACCAGGCAAACAAGCAACCUUUGUGUCAUUUUGGAUUGGAGGCGGGCUGUUUUGAGUCGUCUGCGGAUAAAUUUUGGUUUAUCACUGCAUCACUGAAUCUGUAUCUUUGUCGUUUGUCUCUGAGUCUGUGUGCUUGUGUUUUGGGUUGA